UGGCGCGGGUCGGGGUCGCUUUCGGCUGCAGGAUCUCCAGCGGUCCCGGGACCUGGAGGAGCGCCCACCAGUCCUGUGCCAGGAACUUUCCGCGAUCCGGCGGCGACCCGGUCGCGGUGUUGACAGCAGCUCAGCGGAUCGCGAGCAUAGCAGCAUGGAUGCUGUCAGCCAAGUCCCUGUGGAAGUCGUGCUCCCCAAGCACAUCCUGGACAUCUGGGUCAUUGUCCUCAUCAUCCUGGCCACCAUAGUCAUCAUGACCUCCUUGUUGCUGUGCCCCGCCACUGCAGUCAUCAUCUAUCGCAUGCGGACUCAUCCCAUCCUCAAUGGAGCUGUGUGAGAACCCGCCCUGUGAGGGCCAGGUGGGGCAUGAGGACAGGAGUCCCCUCCGAAAGCCUCUCCCUGUCCUCUGAAAGGCAGCGGGAGGGCCCUGGGGACUGGGACUUAAGUUCCAGUGUUGGUUUUGCCCCUGGGCUGCUGUGUGAACCUGGCUGAGGGACCUCACUCUGUGAGUUCCAGGUUCCUCGUCUUUCAAGUGGGGAUCAUGGUCCCUGCCCUUCCUACCUCAUAGGGUUGUAAGAAACAAAUGACUUAGUGGAGGUGAAGACUUGACGAACAGCAAAGCCAUUGCAGGGAUACGAGCCUUACGCUGACUGCGGAAAAGCUUGGAAGAACCAAAGAAUCUAAAUGCUAACGGUGGCCUUCAAGGUGGCGAGGGAGACAUGGGAGGUAGAGCAGGCUUGGCCAGUGCCCCCCACCCCAGGUCAAACAAGCAAAGGGCACCCUGUCCUCAUUCCAAGGGAACCGCAGAACAUUGAGUCACAGUUAUUUUCUUUGAGAUCAUUCCUCAGAUUUUCUCCUUUGGCAGGGAACUGAGAAUGGCAGAGGGAGGGAGAUGAGUAGAACCUCAAAGAAUCUUAGAAUCUCUACCCCUAUGCAAUCUGGGGGAGGGCUCUGCCAUUUCUGGGGCAAGGUCAAGGGAGUUGGGGUGAUGGGCUUCUUGCUGUGCUGGAGUCUCAUGUGUCUGUUAACUUUGACAUUCAGGUGAUGCUGGAAAAUGCAGAGCGGCUGAGUUCCCUGCCCAGCACUCAGGAUCUGCAGACCCUAUGCCCUGCAGUGCCCUACACUAGAAGGGCUCUGUCCCUGUGCCCCCAGUCCCUCCUGCUUUAAUUAGCUCCACGUGUAUCCCCUCUGUCCCACCAGCACUACAGCCAAGCCCAGGUCCCUGCCUUCUAAGAGAUGUUCCCAGGACUGUUGGAACCACCUCACAACAAUGAUGUUUCGUUUUGAUACUAUGAUUUAUAUUUAUGUAGAGAUACUUCUGGGACACCCAAGCUCUUUGAUGUCAAAAAUCAGGAGCAUCCUGGCAUUCAUUUAUUAAAUUAUGUGAGAAGACAGCACAGAUGUAAGGAUAUUGCUGUGUGAAAGUGAUACUUUUACUUUGAUGUCAUUGAUGUGCACAAGCGAUUCCCAAUAAAGUGCUGAAAAGAG